AUUCUGAACUGAUUAGUAAACUGUUUGUUUUCUUCUCAACUGUGUGGGUUGGCCACAGGAUGUUCUCUUGCAUGCUGUAGACUGUUCUUGUACAAAAGCCACUUAGCAAUUGCUAAGACGAAGUCUCUACCUGUGCUUCUGAGUUGAAGGGAAAUGGCAUUUGGUGGAACCCUGUGGAUGCUGAUAUUAUAUAUGACCAUUUUCAUUCACUUCAUGCUGCUUGCAUGGGGAGUUUAUUAUCGUCUUACCAGGCCCUACCUGCCUCAAGGAAUAAGCGGUCGUGCAAAUUUAAUAUUAGCUGAUUUCGUAGUGGGAUAUGGAUAUGUACUGGGAGCGUUUCUGGAAAAACUGGGCAUUUGCCGUAAGCAUAUCUUCCUCAGGGUUAUGUACGAUGCCAUACCAACAAGGAAGGACUCAAAGUUGAUCAGAAAGGACCUUGUUUUUGAUGGGGUGCCUGUGAGGGUGUACUGGCCCAAGACACCAGCUGCUGGGAACAGGAGAGGAAUCAUCUAUCUUCAUGGAGGCGCUGGACUCAUCGGAAGCAUCCAAGUCUAUGAAAAGGUCUGCCGUUUCAUUGCACACCAAAGUGAUUCAGUGGUUAUGAGUGUUGGAUUUCGUUUAGCUCCUGAGCAUCUCUAUCCGGUCCCUGUGCUGGACUGCUUAACUGCUGCAAUACACUUUCUGAAGAAUGCAGAGGAAUACGGAGUGGACCCCAACUGCAUUGCCAUUGCUGGGGACAGUAGCGGAGGCACAUUUGCUGCAGCUGUUUGUCAAGAACUGGUGACCAGAGAGGAUCUCCCAAGACUGCGAGCUCAGGUCCUGAUCUACCCAUUUCUACAAGCAGUGGACUUUGAUUUGCCAUCCUAUCAGCAAAACCAAUCAGUUCCUCCCUUGUUCAGAAAACGAGUUGUUAAAUUUGGUUCGACAUAUAUCACUGGGAAGGAGAUCAAUGUGGACCCAGUUAUAAAAGGUGCCCACAUCCCUCCUGAUGUGAGGGAGAAAUACCGAAAAUGGAUCAGUGCUGAUAACAUUCCAGAAGAAUUUAAGGCCAGGGGCUAUGUCCCUAAUGCGCCUGCCCCAUUUUCAGAAGAAAUUUAUGAACAACAUAAAAGAGGUCUUGAGGCAAGGUUUGCCCCCCUUCUAGCAGAGGAUGACAUAAUCCGCCAGCUCCCAGAGACUUUCCUUCUAACUUGCGAGUAUGAUGUUCUCCGGGAUGAUGGGCUGUUGUACAAGAAGCGGUUAGAGGACAACGGUGUGCCAGUGACACAUCAUCAUCUUACAGAUGCAGGCCAUGCAGGACUUAGCAUUUUUGGUUGGGGGCCAUUUGAAUUUCCGAGCUCAAAGAAAUGUUUGCAGCAUAUGGUACAGUUCUUAAAAGUUUUAUAGAAAUAAAUGACCGUCUUUGUCA